UCUGAUUCCUCCCCACCCUCUCUCCCAGGUGCACCUCCAGCUCUGAGACAUGUCCUGCUAUGACUGGUGCCGGCCAUGCCAGCCCUGCAGCCCAACCCCACUGGCCAACAGCUGCAACGAGCCCUGUGUCAGGCAGUGCCAGAGCCCCACUGUCAUCAUUGAGCCCCCUCCCGUGGUCGUGGCCCUGCCCGGCCCCAUCCUCAGCUCCUUCCCACAGGACACUGUUGUGAGCUCCUCCACCUUCGCUGCUGUUGGCAGCAUCCUCAGCUGUGGUGGAGUUCCCAUCACCUCAGGGUGCUGUGACCACUCUGGUAUUUCCAGCUGCUACUAUGGCAGAAGGUGCCCUCCUUGCUAA